ACAGCUGGGCGGGUUUUCCAACUGCCGCCCUCCCCAUUCUCCUCACCUGGCAAAAGACGCGAUCAAGUUUCUCCCGACCCCUCGCGAUCUUGUACAAACUAAUAAGCGUACGACAGCAAAACAAUUAAGGGUCUGAACUAUAGGGGAUCGGCGUAAUUCGUCCACGCGGGAGCCACAGCGGAAGCGGUCACGACUUGGUCGGGAGGAGGAGCCGAGGUGGCCCGAAGGCGUCUGUCGGCUCGCACGUACGUAGCACCUCCGGGAUUUAUAAGACAACACGGCCACAACGUCUUGAAGUCAGCUUGCUUGAAGUCGGUCGUUGGGGUCGCGGAUCCGGUGGUGUCACCGUGUAGCUAAAGAGACUGACGUUCCUAGAGGUUUCCAGGAUGAUCUAGUGUCUUGAACCACAGUGCUUAAAGAAACUGCAACAAAGAGAAAUGGAUCCCGUGAGCGGCGCAGAAGGGGACGAGGAGUGGAGCGAAAACGACGCGUUGGACAACACCGACGAACUCAUUAAUCCAGACAUAGCGUCUGAACUGGAAGAGAUGGCAGAUGAACCAGAGAGUCCCCGCUUCAUACCCAAGCUGGACGCAGCAGAUCUAAUCAUGGACGCCAUUGACAGGGAGCUGUAUGAAGUCAUGAGGAUUGAUGGUCAAGAAAAAAGACCGAAGAGCCCUUCCAGACCCAUGAGUGCCUCCCGGCCAAAGAGUCCGUCCAGAACCUGGAGUCCAGAGAAGGACAGCGGCACGGCCUCCCUGAGAAGCUCGUCUCCCGGUCGGAGGAAACGUCCCGGAAAGACAGAGCGAGAAGUGCUGAUGGCCGCUGGCGUGGAGUUCGAUACAGGAGACGAGACGACGGCGUCAACAGCUAGAGAAGAAAAACAAGUGGUCAGGAUGGGAGGCAGUGUGGACACAGGCCUGGGCACAGGCAGUAGUCGCAGUGUUGACCAGGUGGUGUCGUCUGACGAGGUGGAAAACGAGAUCCAGAAACAGAGGAGGAUCAAGGGAAAGGUGUCCACCUACUCAGAUGGGGAGGAGGAGGAGGAGGAUCAGUAUCAGGACCAGGAAGAUGAAGAUGACAGCUCCCAUGAACCUUUGCACCCUUCCCAUGAUCCCAAGCCUUCCCCAAAGAGCAGCCAUGACACUGAAUUUUCUGAGCACUCAGGAGAAGAGAAAAAUCCCAAACCGGCCCGUGUCAAAAAGUCAAAGGCCAGGGAAAUGAGUGAUACAGACUCUGUCAGAACUGAAGACUUUGAGAAAAAGUUUCGAGAGAUUUCUGGUGGGAAUCCUUGGACAAGUCCGUCCUCAAAGCACAAUUCUGCCGACUCUGAUUCAACAGUCACUGAUGGGGAGACAAGAAAGAGUAGGGAAAGCUCAGAUAAUGAAAAGGGGAAAAAACAUGAGAAGCCUGGCAUUUGGGACUCGCUCCCCCCACAUCUGAGACCAUACAGGAAAAACUCAAAGGAUACAGACACAAGCUCUGUUGCCACAGAAGAUUUUGAGUCAAAAUUUAAAGAUUCCUUAGUUCUCAGUGAUGCAGACAAUCAAGCACCUAAAAAGAAAGCACCUCCACAAAAUAGACCGGCAAGAGCGGACAGUGGUGCAAGUUCUAUCAAAACAGAAGACUUUGAGGAGAAAUUCAAGGACAUGGUUGUCUCAAGCAAUAGCAAUCCUGCGGGCUCAGGAACGAAGCAGUCAACUCCUAGCAAUAAGUCCAAAAAAGUUGACACUGAACAGAAACAGAGAAGCCCAAGUCCAGGAGCCAUGCCUCGCAAGUACCUCUACCUGACCAUGAAAGACUUAACAUCGACAGACACCGAGUCAAAUGUUAGUGAAAGAAUGAAAGGAAAAGGUGCCAACAAGAAGGGAUCUAGUGACAGUGCCUUCUUUGAUUACGACAAGUGGAAGAAGGACUUGGAAGGGGAUAUUGAGUUUGCGAGGAACGAGGAUUCGCUGUGUAAGGAUGUUCACGACAGCGGGCAUGACGACUUGAACACCAGCGAUGACGUGGAAUCUAUCCACACGUCUGAAUCCUGGAGCCCGGAGGGGACAAUUCUCCAGAAGACUCCCACAAGGCACUCCAGUCCGAUGCCACAACAGGACGACAGGUCUCCUUCUCCCAAGCAACGACCCGGCUCUCCGUCAAGGCGGCCAACUUCGCCCCUUACCAAGCGGCCCCGCUCACCAGAAAAAGACCAACCCAGCAGUCCCGCCAAAGUGCAUCCAUCCUCCAACAGAAUAACCAUAGAAGAGGCAUGGGAAGUUGAUGAGGGCAGCCUGGAAAAACAGGUUCCAAACGGAUUCCUAAGUCAGGACGUUGAAGUGAGCCCAAAGAGAGGUGUUCGACACUACUCAUCCCCAGAUACGAGCAGUUCCUUAGAAUAUUCCGGUGAGUUGGCAGAAGGAGAUGUCGUACCGACCAACGUAAUGCCGCAGGAAAGAAUCGACAUUCUUUCAAAGUACUUGGAUAAACAACUGGAUAGCAUCAACAAGGGGGAGACGGGAGACUCCACUGCUGUAGAAGAGGAGGAAGAGGAGGAUAGAGAAGGGGAUACGAAGAAACAGGAGGAAAGAGGUGUGUUGUCUCAGCCUCCGUUGUACCGUGAGGGCUCGUAUACAAGUUUGGACACCUGCAGAACAGAGGAAUACAACGACAGAUUUCGGAGACUCAUGGUCAAGCAGGUAGCCGGUGUGCCCAUCACCAGUUUUGACACCGUCACUGUGGCCAGCGACCUUGACUCUGUCAGGACAGACACAGUUCGUGACAGAUUCCAGGAGGUCAUCGGAGGAAAAGGAGCCAGUUCCAGGGCAACCACUGACUUUGAGCUGAGUGAGGCUGAAUCUGAGAGACCAGAGAAAAGGCAUGCUGCCAGCAAGAGAGAAGCACUAGAAGACGGAUUGAGCGACUUUGAAAGCGUGAAAGCCUUCCCUUCACGCACACCUCGCUAUGGAGUAGUAGUCGACAGCGAAGCUGAGGAUAUAGGAAACGAAGGGGAGACGGAAGUUGUCAGCGAUGUUGAGGACAGCCCAAAACACACUGGCCCAGACUUCAGCAACAACAGCUACUACAGGAGUAGUAAACCAGGAGCAAUGGGAUCGAGUGAUGUGGGGAGGAGAAGAGACUCCGGCAAGAUGCAGUCCACACCCAAGACUUACUCUACUCUACCCGAUGUAUCAGCCAGUAUGCCUGAUGUUUCAGCUAUCAGUGCUGCAUCAGACAGAAUCAGGAGCCCAGCACGCGGUGGACGUUACCACUCCUACGAGGACAUCAACUCCACGAUCAUGCCAAGAACCAACAAAAGUCCAGCCAGCCUGCGGGACGCUGAUCAAGGUUUGCGGGAUGCACAGACUCAGAAACAGGCUGUGCUGUCUGAGAUGAGAGAGAUUCAGGAGUCGCUGAAGAGCAAGAGGUCAGAGGUCAGCCAGGCGGAACAUGAGGUCCAGGACAUGCAGACCAAGUCAGACGAGCUCAGGGCAGAGAUUAUGGUACUGGAGUACAAGCGGGACAGUGUGGAGAAGGAACUACAGGGGCUGCACAAGGACCUGGAGGCCAGGACCAGACCCUCCAGCCGCCAGCGGGACCGAGACGAACUUGGCAUGUCCAAGGAACAGGUGUUGGAAGUGAUCCGUGAGCGGGAUGAGUUACGGGCGCGGCUGCGGAGCGGGGAGGGACAGAUCAGCGGGCUGGAGCGGCGGGAGCUGGAGAGACAGCUCAACGCCGCCAAGGAGGACCUCUUCAGCGAACAGCGCAAGUCUCGCGCAAAGGUGGAGGAGCUGCAAGACGAGCUUGAGGAGUGCAAGCGGCAACUGGAAGAGACGCAGCUGGACAAGGGGGAUGCUGUCCACCAGAUGGAACAGCUCCAUCUCAAGGUCAAGGAACUGGAGAGGGCCAGGAAAAGAGACAUCGAGAACAAGACAGAUGCCCUGGACAAUGCCAACAAGAGAACCCGGGUGGAGGUGACAGACCUGAGGUCACAGCUCGCAGAGAGAGACAAGAGGAUCGUCUCUCUGGAAGCAGAGCUCCACGAGAAGGACAAGCUGAACAGAAAACUCCAGGAGACCGUCUACAAGAUGCAAGAGGAGCUCAGCCAGGAAAGUGAGCUGAAGGACAGCUUGAUAGAAGAGAAUGAGAAAAACGUUGUGAAACUAAAGAAAGACAAAGAAACCUCACUUGCUGCACUUCGCCACAUGCUGCUAGAAGACAAACAGAGAGAAUUGGACAGGCUUCGAGACCAGUCAGACCGUGAGCGACGGGACAUCCUGGCCCGCCAGGAGGAGAGAAUGGCGGAACAGCUGGCUGAGAUGGAGCAAAGGAUUCUGGCCAAAGAUGAUGAAGUGACGAUGGUUCGUGAGCGUCUCCGCCAACAGGAGGAGGCCACGCGUACGUUAGGAGACAGGAUGAGACUAGAGGCUAAGGAACAGAUACGAAGUGCAAUCAGCAAGGAAAAAGCAUCCUGGGAAACAGAAAAGGAGCGAGCGGUCCAGCGAGAAAAAGAUCGUUGGCAGGACGAGUCGGACAAACAGCUGAGUAAGGUACAGGAGGAGCUGGAGAAGGAGAAACAGCUCCACAACCAGGCUGACAAGAACUGUACCGGCCUUAAACAGGAGCUGGACCAGGCCCGUCAGCAGGUCCGAGCGGCCCACAGAGACAAACUAGCGGCCAUUAACGAGGUGCGGGACUCUAUGAAGGUGGAGAAGGAGGAGGAGAUCAAACAACUCAGGGAACAGCUGACACAGGGCCUGCUCUCCCAGAUUAAUUCCUGGAAGGAGAAAGUCAGUGAUGUUGAAAAGUUGAGGGAGAAGAUCAGGAAGCUGGAAGACGAGCUGCGUAUGUCGAGAAGCGAGAGAAACGCCGUCGCCUUACGCGAGAAGGAGACCUCCAUGCUGUUGGACAGGCACGAGAAAUCUGUCGUCUCAGAAAUCAACGAUGAGUGUCAGAAGAGUGCUCAACUGUUGGGUACUGCUCCCAGGAGUGUGAGAGUACCAAGUGGUGAUCAAGAAGAUGAUGAGUUUGACCAGUCUCUGGACAUCAGUGAGAACAGAGGCCAGAGUCCACACAAGUCCAGGUCUGCCGUGUCUGAAGCUCUGGCUAAUCUCAAAGCAACUAACGAGGACCUCCGGCAGCUUGUGACGGGACUGCACGAGGAUAUGGCAUCACAGAAGAAAGCAACUCAGCAGGUCAACAAAGAAAAGGAGAGAGAAGUAAAACAGCUAAGAGAACUGUACCACAGUGAGAAGGAAAAGGAAGUGGAGACCAUGAGAGAACGACUCAUUCAGGAUCAUUUGGAUGAGAUCAGUAAACUCCAGCAGGCCGUGAAGAAGGACAAAGAUGAAGUCUCCUCCCUGCAGCACAACAUCAUCUCUAAAGACGAGGAGCUGAGGGAGAUCCAGCGCAACAUGACGGCCUGGAAGGACGCUACCAUCAAGAAACUGGCCAAGAAGUUUGAACAAGAGAUGAACCUUGAACUGGAGAAACGGCAGCAUGAGAAGGACAGGCAGGCCCACUCCUCACAACUCAGGAGAAUAGAAGAACUGGAGGAGGAAGUUCAGAGACUGUCGGUAGUCAGGAAAACUUUCCAGAGCACACCGAGUACACCGUCACGUGUGUCCGGCCCGUCCAGUUCGUCGCAGUCAGGAGGAGACGCCAGCACGAUCAAACUGCUGCGUCACCUGCAGGAGAGGGUCAAGCAGCUGAGGGUGGAGAACAAGGAGCUAAGGAGGCUCAGCGGGGAGGGGGGUGACGCCAUCAACGGGAACGGCACCCCUGAUGUUGCCACCCUUCAGGAGGAGGCUAUCCUGCGGGAGAGUCCGUACGUGCAGAACCUGGAGCGCAAGCUGAAGCACAUGGACCGCCAGCUCAACAUCGCCGAGGAGCGCGCCCAGAAGAACACCGCGCUGCUCGGACAGAAGAUGGUGGAACUGACCAAACUACAGAACCAGCUGACCCACCAAACCAAGGAGUAUCUACAUUUGGAACGUUCAUACUCGGAUAUGCAGAAGAGAUAUCACAGAGGAGGUCAUAGAUAACAAACAUAGAAAAACAGGAAUUUUUAUGCAGGUAAAAUCUACUUUAGCAUAAUUCCACCAGGUCACAUAUAUCUACCACCCUGAAAAAAUGCAUCUAAACAGAUCUCCAGUGUAACUUCAGCCAGUAAAAUGCACUUGAGUACUCUUGCUGCACUUAGAGAUCUCACAAACACACUGUUUUUUUCAAAGUGGCACAUAUAUGUAAUCUGCUGGAUAAAUGUUAAUGGAGGUUUUUAAUUUGCAAGUCUUUUUGUAGCAAAGUAUAAUUAUUCAGAUCACAAAGAGAUUUUGAUAUUUAAUGAACAAUUACUCGUACACAGAAAAACAACUUGUUUGUUUACAUAUCUACAGUUAUGGAGCAGAUUUCUAGCUAAAUGAUGUUACCAAUAUUCGGUAUCAAAAGACUGUGUGUAAUGUAUGUAUAUGUUGUUCAUGUAUCUGGCUUGUAUAUUAUCCAUGUUGAUUCUCAAUCAGUAUUGCUGCUUCUCAAAUGACAUUUGGAGAUUUUAAAUACUUUUAUCAUACUUUGAUGAAAGAUCUGGAAGGUUGUACGUGUGUUGGAUGAUUUUAUACAUUUUUUUUUGAAAAACCUCUGCCAUAUAUAUGCUAGGAAGAAAGGAUUGAUAAUAACCAAUAAAAUCUGACUAUUCUACAAUGCAUGAUGCUGAAGUGUUACCAGUAACAGUACAAAGUAUUAAUCAGUUAAGAGAUUCAUAUUUAAUUUAAAUCAUGAUUUCUACAUUGUUAUAAAAGGAUAUGCUAGAGGGAGUGAAAAUUAGCAUUUGUAGGGUAAAGGGACCAUGAUACAUUUUCUAAAAUGGCAUUUUUUUAAACCAUUUUAUCUCACAUAUCAUGACCGUAUUUUGGACAUGCCUUUGACAAAAGCUACUUUGGAAUAGAUAAGUUUUAGAGGAAGAACAGGUCACUCCCAAUGAUAUAAUCCUAUGAAAAUUUGUAAUAAAACCCUUCACAAGGCCAUGAUGUGAAAGUAGUAGGAGAUGAGCAGUCAGCCUCACAGUUGAUGGAUGUAAUCUUGGGAUGAAAGCUAUCGCUCUACCAUAAGUCUUGUAUUUUCAUGACAAUGUGUGUAUAUAGUGGAGAUGUUGAUUACUUUAUGGGACAGAACAAUACACAGGACAGUAUGGAACAGCACAGGGAGUUUGGGAAUAGGUGAAGGAUAACCUUUAAGAAAUAACCUAGGAAUGAACUGUACUAUACUGAAAUUCUAUUUUUAUUAAAGGACUCUGGAAUCAU